UAGACAGGUAUGUAAACAUUUUCACCAGGGAAUUUCACCCUGACACACCUGUCCGCGACUUACACUCAGUGGGCCACACCUGUACACCAGUCCAGACUACUCUACACUAGACGCGAGGUGGGGCAAAUUUUCAAACAAUAACAAUGGAGAAACUGAGGAGUAAAAUAUUGGAACGGGGAUCGUCUGGUAUAUUGGGCUUCGGGAGAUUAUUCAACAUUGUUGAUCGGAAUCGUAGUCAAUCCAUUGACAUAGACGAGUUUAUCCGGUGUAUCGAGAUAUUCCAGAUCGAUAUGGCCGACCGCGAGAUCCGGUCCCUCUUCAGCAGUAUGGACAAAGAUGGCAGCGGGAAACUCAGCUACAAGGAGUUCAUUACUGCGCUCCGGCCACCCCUGAAUGAACUGAGGUUGUCCCUAAUUGACCAAGCCUUUAAAAUAAUGGACGGGACAGGGGACGGUGUGAUCACCGUGGACGACCUAAAACUGAGGUACAACGUCCAAUUCCAUCCCAAGUUUGUGUCCGGAGAAUGGUCAGAAGCGCAGUGUUUAAGGGAGUUCCUGGACAGCUUUGACUCGGAAACUAACAAGGAUGGUUUAGUUACCAGUGACGAGUUCGUGGACUACUACAGCGGAGUGAGUGCCUUUAUCGACUCGGACCAGUACUUUGAAGAGAUGAUGAGGAAGUGUUGGCAGUUAUAGAAUAGGGCGGAAAACGACAACAACCGGACAAAAACAGUUAUUGUAGCUUAGAUAUAUUAUACUAAACUAUUUCUACAUACUGUAAAUUUCCUGUAUAUAUGUACUUUUAUACUCAAUUAUAGGAUAAAAACACAAGGCAGAUCACAUUUUUGACAUAUUUAGAUAUUAAAAAGUUGAUUUUAAUAUUUAUAAAGUUACGUGAUAAAAAUGAUUAGACAAAUCAACGUAUUGUUCAUAAUUUGUGCUUCAUAGUGCAGCUGCUACAAAACGUUUGAUAGAUUUGAAAAAAAGAAAAAUUAUGGAGUCCUUAGCUCAUCUCCAUUAAUCUUGUCAUACUAAAAUACAUGAUGAUGAAUUAUGAAAUUUGCCACCGUGCGAUUUUAUCUCAAGUUCAAUUUAUAAUAUUGACUAAUUAUUUUGAGUCAUUGUUGAAACAGUGUAUCCUUUCUUUCCUACACACAAGAAUAGACCUAUUAAUGUAUGUUACCUUGUAUAUACAUGUAAUACGCAAAUGUUUUUUUUAUAACAGUUAACUUCCGUCCUCAAAGUAAAGUAUCUGGGUUAUCGCUGAAUCAGGGUCGGAUAAGAGUAUUGAACGAUUUAUUAGAACAUUUUCUCAGGGACAUUAUUAUUACGGCAAACGAAAAGACUGACAUCAGUUCCUUUUAGCUGAAAACCUCAUGCCUGUUGAGUAAUAUCUUCCAUCUAGUCAAUAUUUCUGUGUCUCACGCCCUUCAGGCCUUUAUCAUUUGACAUGACACUUUACAAUGAAGGACAUGUAUAAGGAAUCGUUCUGAAAGGGACUUGUCUCUCAUAGAAAAGCGAGAUCCAUUUCUUACAAAUUGGUUUACGUUUUGAAUUUCAAAAGUCACAUUAGUAUACAUUUUUCUGUAUCACGCAUAUGUGUUUAAUUUAUUGAUUAAAUUGUAGGUAUGGACAUAUUCACCAAGGUUUGGCAGAUUUCCUAGAAAUUAAUAAAUUAAUGUUUGUUGUUUAGAAAUCAUUAAAUUUUUGUCACGAUUGACAUGUCAGGGACAUGCUCGUGAUACUUAAUUACAUGUACGUGUCAGGGACAUGCUCGUGAUACUUAAUUACAUGUACGUGUCAGGGACAUGCUCGUGAUACUUAAUUACAUGUACGUUGCGGAGAUUUGAGAUAGUUAAUCAAUAAAACAUAUGCUGUAUCAUUUGUUUCUUUGGGUUAUAUUUCUUUGUGGUAUUAUUGUACCUGUCGUUGUUAUCGUGUAAUAUCCUAAGGUUAUAGCACAGGUAUCGUGUGUCAAUACACUCAAUAUGUGUAGUAUAUAUUAUAUUUAUUGACGGACGAGACGAGUACCUGUGGACAUAACAUGUUCACCACGGUGACUUAAACA